AUGAUUUUUCUUUGUUCACAAAGACUAGUGAAUCUGUUUUUCUUGCCUUACUUGUCUAUGUUGAUUAUCACUGGAAAUAAUGCUCAUGAAAUUGAAAAAUUUAAGAGUGUUUUAACUGAGAAAUUCUUGAUAAAAGAUUUGGGUGAGUUGAAGUAUUUUUUAGGAAUAGAGAUACUUAAAGAUAAAAAUGGUGUAUGCUUGUCACAAAGGAAAUAUUGUUUAGAUCUUCUUAAAGAUUUUGGUUUGCUGGGAUGUAAACCAAUGAAGUCUCCUUUAGAAGCUAAUGUUGUUCUUGCUUCUAAGGAAUCUCAGAAUGACAAGUUGUUAACCAAUGUAACAGAAUAUCAAAAAUUAAUAGGAAAGUUGAUUUACUUAACUAUUACUAGACCUGACAUUGCAUAUUCUGUACAAUGUUUAAGCCAAUACAUGCAUGCUCCAUUACAAUCUCAUCUCAAAGUUGCAUUUAGAGUUCUAAGGUACUUAAAAGGAAGUCCUGGUAAAGGAAUUGUUAUUGAUAAGUCAAAAGAAUUUGGCUUAUGUGCUUAUUCUGAUGCUGAUUGGGGUAAGUGUUUGUCUUCAAGAAGGUCUGUUUCUGGAUAUCUUGUUUAUUUGAAUGGUAGUCUUGUUUCUUGGAAAAGUAAGAAACAAGCUACUGUUUCAAGGUCUUCUGCUGAAUCUGAAUAUAGGUGUCUUGCUACAACUUGUGAAAUUGUUUGUAUUCUGAAAAUUUUGAAGGAUUUAAAUGUUCAGUAUACUCUUCCUAUAAACAUUUUUUGUGAUUGUAAACCAGCUAUUCAAAUUGGUAACAAUCCAGUUUUCCAUGAAAGGACCAAACACUUUGAAAUAAAUUUACAUCUUGUAAGAGAAAAGGUUUCUAAUGGUGUUAUUAAUCUUGUUAAAAUUGUGUCUGAUGAGCAGCCAACAGAUUUGCUUACCAAAGGUCUUAAUAUUGUUGCUCAUCAUUAUUUGUGUUCCAAACUGAGAUUGAAAGAUUUAUUUCAAUCUUAG